CUGUCAGCAAUCACAUGAUUUUAAGCUUGUGAUGAUACGGAAGUGUUGGAAACUGAAGAAAGUACUGCCGUGCAUGCUAGAGCUUUCAGUUUGUUUCUUUCCUUCGCAACAGAUCUGCGUUGGAAAAUAUGGGUAGCUACAUCUGGACUCUGUGCGUUGUUCUGAGUGUGUGGCUAUGCACGUCUGGAAGUACAGCUUCGUACACACCAGACUGGGCCAGUUUGGACGCACGACCACUGCCAAAGUGGUACGACGAAGCAAAAGUCGGAAUUUUUGUGCACUGGGGUGUUUUUUCUGUUCCAGGGUUUGGCAGCGAGUGGUUUUGGUGGCACUGGCAAGGUGACAAAAAUCAAGCGUACGUGGAUUUCAUGACAAAGAACUACCCCCCUGGCUUCACCUAUGCAGAUUUUGCACCAGACUUUCGUGCUGUAUUUUUUGACCCAAAUGAAUGGGCUGAUCUCUUCGCUGUUUCUGGUGCAAAAUAUGUAGUUCUGGUAACUAAACAUCAUGAGGGUUUCACCAACUGGGGAUCCCCCUUCUCCUGGAACUGGAAUUCUGUUGACACUGGGCCACACCGAGACCUGACAGGGGAGCUGGCUGAUGCUGUACGGAACAGGUCACUUCACUAUGGUGUCUACAACUCCCUGUUUGAGUGGUUCAACCCCAUGUACCUCAGUGACAAGAAGAAUGGCUUUAAAACCCAAGAGUUUCCUCGGAAUAAACUACUCCCUGAGCUCUACAAUCUUGUCAUAAGGUAUAAACCCGAGCUGAUCUGGUCUGAUGGCGAUUGGGAAGCCCCGGAUACCUACUGGAAUUCUACAGAGUUCUUGGCCUGGCUCUACAACGACAGCCCAGUCAAGGACGUUGUUGUGACCAAUGACAGGUGGGGGGCGGGGUGUGCCUGUAAGCAUGGAGGGUACUGGAACUGUGCAGACAAGUUCACCCCUGGAACCCUCCCCAAGCAUAAGUGGGAGAAGUGCACGUCCAUAGACAACCUCUCCUGGGGCUACCGGAGGAACAUGAGGAUAUGGGAGCUGAUGGACCUGCCUGCUAUCGUCAAGGACCUGGUGACGACCGUGGCCUUGGGUGGCAACUACUUGCUGAACGUGGGGCCGACCCCUGACGGCAUGAUCCCUGCCGUGUUCCAGGACCGCCUCAUGGGGCUCGGCGCCUGGCUCAAGGCCAACGGAGAGGCCAUCUACGCCAGCCACCCCUGGCGCGUGCAGACUGAGAACUCCUCUCUCCCCGUGUGGUACACCUCAAAAGACUCCAGUGUGUAUGCCAUCGUUAUCGGGAAACCCACCGAGUCCAUGUUCCUACUCAAAACACCAGUGACUAGCAAAAACACAGUGGUGACAAUGUUGGGGUACUCCACCCCGCUGAAAUGGGAACCCCAGAGCCCCUCAGGCCUGGUGGUCCUCCUGCCUGAGAUACCGGACUCCGCUGGACACGCCUGGACCCUAAAGCUGGAGGGAACGUCAUGAGUAGUGUGUGUGUAAACAUAAGUGUCAAUCCUGAGUUCAACCUCUGCCACUAGUAUGACCCCUAACCAGCGAUAAAUCAUAUGAUUGGUUUAUGAACCGACACCAGAUGGGUUGAAGCGGCGACUUAUUGAAAUCAUGUGAAUCAGAAGGAAGAUACUAUUUUUUGGCAGCGGGGUGUUUUACUUCCUGUACCUGGGAUUGGCACACUUGUUUUGUGAGGCUCUCGGGGAAAAUCAAGGGGAACUUCCUUGAAUGCCUUUUUUUUUUGAUGAUUUCCAAAAAAAUGAGUUUGCAGAGUGUGGGGUGAUGGCAGUGUGUGAUUUUCAUUGAUGAGUGGUUGAUUACACCACUUUGAAUUAUGGAGCCUGAAGUUCACCAAAAUGAAAGUUAAAGAGGAGAAGCAUUCCCUGUAUUUUUUGCAAUGAAGAUUGUUUUUUACCCACUUAAAUGACUUUCAUCAUUUUACACGCAGUAGAUUCAAGUCGUUCUGAAACGUUAUUCCGUUGCCUGUGUUUGUUAGUGUGUCUGUGUGGGGGGGUGGCCAUUUGAAUGGGUUUUAAGAAUGUAAAAAAAUGCACUGGACAUGCACAGGUGUGUUCCAACUUGAAAUGGUGAAUAGUAGUUGUAGACAGGAGCAACGAUGAUGGUACCACUUGGUCCAUAUUAAAAACAGGAGUUUCUGGAAUUGGGUUGAACUGAGGUGUGGCCUGAAAGAGGGAUGUACUUUAAAACCAUCUAAAUGCCUAUUCUUCCCUGCAAAGACAAAGUGCUCUAACUAUGCGACCAUAGAAAGAAGCAACAGGUUUGGCAACAAGACGACAGGGAUGACACAGAGAUGAGUCAAUAUCCAGUUUAAACUCAGGUUUGACAAAUUAUACAGUAACUGCCGUUUGUCUGUGUUAGGCAACACUAUUGGACGGGGCGUGGAAUUUUCCAGUCAAUUAUGACCACCUAUCAAAGAGCAGAAUUCAGAGAGAUGUGCACGUAUGGAACUGAGUAACAUGCUUUUUUUUUUCAUUGAUUUGUAUUGGAAUGAUGUGAAAUAAAUUUGUCUAUUUUUGCAUUGCA